AUGCACAGUAACUAUCGGCAGAGGGGGGGGACUCAGAGUUCCUCCAAAGAAAUUCCUCCUCUAACAGAGUUUCAAACGGGGUGUUCCACGGAGAAUGAGCCUGGAAUUGUGUCGCCAUUUAAACGAGUAUUCCUAAAAGGUGAAAAGAGUAGAGAUAAGAAAGCCCAUGAGAAGGUGACAGAGAGGCGCCCUCUGCACACUGUGGUGUUGUCACUGCCCGAGCGCGUCGAGCCAGACAGACUGCUGAGCGACUAUGUUGAGAAGGAGGUGAAGUAUUUAGGUCAACUAACGUCCAUACCAGGAUACCUGAACCCCUCCAGUAGGACUGAAAUCCUGCACUUCAUAGACAGUGCAAAGAGAGCGCACCAGCUUCCCGGACACUUGACCCAGGAGCACGAUGCUGUGCUCAGCCUGUCUGCCUACAACGUCAAGCUGGCCUGGAGGGACGGGGAAGACAUCAUCCUCAGGGUGCCCAUCCAUGACAUUGCUGCUGUCUCCUAUGUCCGGGAUGAUGCCGCACACCUGGUGGUCCUGAAGACAGCCCAGGACCCAGGCAUCUCCCCCAGCCAGAGUCUGUGCGCGGAAAGUUCCAGAGGCCUCAGUGCAGGCUCCCUGUCAGAGAGUGCAGUGGGGCCAGUGGAGGCCUGCUGCCUGGUCAUCCUGGCUGCAGAGAGCAAGGUUGCUGCAGAAGAGCUGUGCUCCCUGCUCGGCCAGGUCUUCCAGAUUGUUUACACGGAGUCCACCAUCGACUUUUUGGACAGAGCUAUAUUUGACGGGGCCUCCACUCCCACCCGCCAUCUGUCCCUGCACAGUGAUGAUUCUUCCACUAAAGUGGACAUCAAGGAGGCCUAUGAGGCAGAGGCCGGCACUUUCUCCUUCCCUGACUCUGUGGAUGCAGGUGGUCUAUCACCCUUGUCCUUCUGCAUGCCGGCAUCACCCCAUGGCAAGACUGCCAGUGAGAGCGAGCUGAGUGCCAGCGCCACCGAGCUGCUGCAGGACUACAUGCUGACGCUGCGCACCAAGCUAUCCUCGCAGGAGAUCCAGCAGUUCGCGGCGCUGCUGCAUGAGUACCGCAAUGGGGCCUCCAUCCACGAGUUCUGCAUCAACCUGCGGCAGCUCUACGGGGACAGCCGCAAGUUCCUGCUCCUCGGUCUGAGGCCUUUCAUCCCCGAGAAGGAUAGCCAGCACUUCGAGAACUUUCUGGAGACCAUCGGUGUUAAGGAUGGCCGUGGCAUCAUCACUGACAGCUUUGGCCGGCACCGGCGGGCCCUGAGCACCACCUCCACUUCCACCACCAAUGGGAACAGGGCCGCAGGCAGCUCUGAUGACCGGUCGGUGCCUUCCGAGGGGGACGAGUGGGACCGUAUGAUCUCGGACAUCAGCAGUGAUAUUGAGGCACUGGGCUGCAGCAUGGACCAGGACUCAGCAUGACAGGCAGCAGGGAGCACCCACACCUUCCACAUGGUCAUCCCAGGCCUUCCUGGAGGAGGUGCCUAGACGUGCACGUCAGCCCUUCCCACUGGUUGGGGGCUGGGGAGGGGCUCCAGGCAGAGGUGGCCCAAGUCCUCUACUGUGAAAGAACAAGGAGCUACCGAGCGACAUCUGCCCUGGAGUGGGCAGGAGGCUCUGUGCCACGCCCUGCACCAUGUUCCCAUUUGUGGAGGGCCAGGCCAAGCUGGCAGGGGGAGCCGUCCUGUCCCCCAGGCCCUGGACAGCUGUCAGUUUUGCACAUGAUGUUCCUGUUGUAACUCUCAGAGACCUUAAAAAGUUUACUGCAAUGUGAAUAAUUUAAUCUUUGGUUGCC